AAGCAGAUCCCAAAGCUGGUCUAGGUUCUAGAACACAAAUACAUAGAGAGCAAAAAAAGAAAUUAGUUUUAACUAUAAAUGAACUAAUAAAAUGGUUAUUAAAAUCAGAAAUAAAAAAUAACAAAAAAAUUAGAUCCAAAUUAGUUCCUAAAACAGAUAAAGAAUGGUUCGAUCUAAUGGAAUCAAAUAUUAGUGAACCUAGUAAUCCAGAACCUCAAGCUUAUUAUUUUCUAGAUUUGGAUAUAGAAGUACCUUGGCCCGUCCUAUUUCCAGAAAAUGAAGAGCAUCAUGAAGUAUGGCAAAAUAGCAUUCAAUAUGCAAAAGAUAUGUUUAAAGUGAAUGGAGCCAAAUAUGCAUUCUCAACCUGGUUUAUAGAUACUGAAGAAUAUAAAUUAGAAGCUGGAAUGACCGAAGAUGAGUAUUUAAUAAGAGUAAAAUUUAUUCGAGCCGAUACAGUAAUAUCAGAUAAGGAAACAAAAAGAGGUUUUAAAAUUAUAGAUAAAUAUGAACCUAUUUGUGAGUCGAAAAAGGCAAAUAGUAAAUAUAUAAAAGGUGAUCCAAACAUUAUACUUACAAAGAAAAUGAAACCAGGAGUUUGGGUAAGAAUAGAUGAAAAAUUUUUGGUUAGAGAAGUCAUUGAGCAAUCUGAGCGAGGGCAUGGACUCACAGAAAUUUGUCAGCAAAAAAUAAAUGAUUGGGAGAAAAAAAUGCGCAUUCCAGGUGCUCGAGUACAAGAUGUAGCAGAGUUAGAAAAAAUUCUUAAACGACCGAUUAAAUUACUUGAUAUAACUCAUGGUACUAUAUUUAAUAGUGGAAAGUAUCGAUCAGGUAAGUAUGAAGAAAUUGGAAUAGUAGUUCAUAAUGGUCAUGAAGCUAUCAGUAAUGCCCUCAGGGGACCUCAAGCAAUCUGGCUUAUGGGAAUAGGGGAUACAAGUCAAACAAUAUCACAGUUUGUUCUAGAAGAUGGUCGCACAUUUAGAAUAUGGAAAAAGCAUACAGAAAUUAUAGAAGUAUGCAAACAACUGAUCAAUGAUACAAUAGAUUGGCAAUAUCAGAAAGAAAUAAUCAAUAAGGAAAAGAAAUCGAUUCUUUCAGAGUCUCUAAAAGUUGUUGAUUUAGCAAAGCAGGUAUUUGGUGCAAACCAUGCUGGAAGCCGACUUGCUAAAGAAAUCAAUGAAUGGUAUCCAAUAUUUGGAAAAGUAAAUGAAAAUAUAAGGCAAGCCUGUGUCAAGUAUAGGCAUGGUGGACGCUGGAAUGUACCCGAUUAUCACGUCAAUGAUAUCGUAUGUAUCGAUAUGAAAGAAUGUUAUCCAGCAAUUGCGGUAAAUAGAGAAUUGCCAGAGGAUGAUAUCGCUGGAUUUGCGCAAAUAAGAUCUUUUAAAUUUGCAUCAAAUAUACAUUCAGUGAUUCCUGUCUGGUACAGAAAACAUUUUGCGUGUCGAAGUGGAGAAGGAUGUGGGAAAGAAAAAGGAUGGGCACCUAUUACCAAAGUAUGGCUACCUAGAAAUCGAGAUAUUAGUUGUGCAAUUAUAGGUAAGUUUACACAAGGUGGCAAGAUUGAUGAAAAACGCCUUACUCAUCGACUUGUAACAGAUGAAGGUGAGCUUGAUUUCUUGAUCAAAGAUUGUACUGAUGCUGGAACUUUUGCCGGAAGAGAAAAAUGUCUACUCAGAUUCAUACUUACAUAUUACGAGGGACAUCAACCUCAAUAUACACAUUUGCAGGCCUCAAUGUUAGCAUAUGCGCAUAUUAAUUUGUUAGAGAUGCUUCGGAGAUUUGAUCCUAAUAAAGUAGUAAGGAUUGCUACAGAUCCUAUAUAUGUACGAAAAGAGGCUUUAUAUAAGAUCGAAAAUAUACCAGCAUUCUUCAAGCAAGUUGAGGUAAAGUCAGAUGAUGCAGAGCAUCGAAUCGGAGAUUUCCCAAAUUUAUGUUCACACUAUCCUUCUUGUGCAAUAUGUACUGAUCCAGAAGAAUUCUUUAUUUCAAAAUCUAAAUAUGCAAAAUGGAUUAAAGAGUUCCAAAAAACCAAAACGCCUCUAGUAAAAUAUGACUGUAAAAGACAUAAACCAUUUAUUUGCAGAUUUUGCUUUACAGAAUGGUUUUAUAGACCAGACUCCUAUGCUCUUUCACAUCAACUAGAAGAACAAGAAAUCUGA